AUGCGAAGCCUUGAGAAUGUUUGUUUUGUUGCUUCCUUCGCAGUCCCUGCUGAUCUGACUCCUGAAGAGCGCAUCGAGUUGGAGAAUAUCCGCCGCAGGAAACAGGAACUGCUGGUGGAGAUCCAGAGGCUCCGGGAUGAGCUGAGUGAGGCCAUGAAUGAAGUGGAAGGCCUUGAGGCCAACGAAGGAAGUAAAACUUUGCAAAGGAAUCGUAAAAUUGGAAUGGGCAGAAAGAAGUUCAAUAUGGAUCCUAAAAAGGGGAUCCUGUAUCUUCAAGAGAAUGAUCUGCUAAGAAACACUCCAGAGGAUAUAGCUCGCUUUUUAUACAAAGGCGAAGGCCUGAAUAAGACUGCCAUUGGAGACUAUUUAGGAGAGAGGGAGGACUUCAACAUUUCUGUUCUUCAUGCUUUUGUGGACCUUCAUGAGUUUACAGACCUGAAUCUUGUUCAAGCUCUCAGACAGUUUUUGUGGAGUUUUCGUCUACCAGGUGAAGCCCAGAAAAUUGACCGCAUGAUGGAGGCGUUUGCUCAGAGAUAUUGUAUGUGCAAUCCAGGAGUGUUCCAGUCUACAGAUACGUGUUAUGUCUUGUCCUUUGCGGUCAUCAUGCUGAACACCAGUCUGCACAAUCCAAAUGUCCGUGACAAGCCAAGUGUGGAACGGUUCAUCUCAAUGAAUAGAGGAAUUAAUGAUGGCGGUGACCUACCUGAGGAGCUUCUACGGAACCUCUAUGACAGUAUAAGGAAUGAGCCAUUUAAGAUCCCAGAGGAUGAUGGGAAUGACCUUACACAUACUUUCUUUAAUCCGGAUAGAGAAGGUUGGCUCCUCAAACUUGCUAUCCUCCCUAUAUUUCCUGUUGUCUUGACAGGUGGGCGUGUGAAGACAUGGAAACGGCGCUGGUUUAUCUUGACUGACAACUGCUUGUACUAUUUUGAAUAUACUACAGAUAAAGAGCCUCGAGGGAUCAUACCUUUGGAGAAUCUCAGUAUCCGGGAAGUUGAGGAUCCCAGGAAACCGAACUGCUUUGAGCUGUACAUACCUAACAAUAAGGGACAGUUGAUCAAAGCUUGCAAAACAGAGGCUGAUGGGAGAGUGGUGGAGGGCAACCAUAAUGUCUACCGAAUUUCCGCACCAACCCCAGAAGAGAAAGAGGAGUGGAUCAAAUCUAUAAAGUAA